ACAUUUCCGAUUAUUUUGGCAGCACGGGUGGCCAUCACCAAUAAAUAAUUUCGUUUAAGUGCAUUAGGCAUUCAUUUAAUCCGUGUUUUUGUGUUGUGUUUUACCCACAUUUUUAAUCAAUAUGGCAGCAUACACCGAGGAUCAGUUGGCUGAAUUCCAGGAGGCCUUCAACCUAUUCGAUAAUCGCGGCGAUGGCAAAAUUCAGUUGAGCCAGGUGGGCGAAUGCUUGCGUGCAUUGGGCCAGAAUCCCACCGAAUCGGAUGUGAAGAAGUGCACCCAUCAGCUGAAGCCGGACGAGCGCAUCUCGUUCGAGGUCUUUCUGCCCAUCUAUCAGGCCAUAUCGAAGGCGCGCUCCGGCGACACAGCCGACGAUUUCAUUGAGGGCUUGCGCCAUUUCGAUAAGGAUGCUAGUGGCUACAUAUCGUCCGCUGAGCUGCGCCACCUGUUGACCACGCUCGGUGAGAAGCUCACCGACGAGGAAGUUGAACAGCUUCUGGCCAACAUGGAGGAUCAGCAGGGCAACAUCAACUAUGAGGAGUUUGUCCGCAUGGUUAUGAGCGGUUAAACCAUUGCCGUCAAUUGCCAGGCAGUGGAGGAAAUGAAGAAGAAUGAAAGACAUCAACAACAGCAAGAUGAAAAAAAAAAAAGAUGUAGAGUAGGAACACUCACCUGCCAUGUUAUUAGCUAGCCGUUCAUUCCGCCAAAAGUCCAAUUCCAAUAUUCCAAGUUAAUUUCUCUCUUAUAUUUGUAUAUUUUUGUAUAUUCUUGCAUUUCACGGCAAAUUGAUAUGAUUCCAUAUAAAACAACAACAACAACAACAACAUCAACAACAUCAACAUCGAUGACGACAAAGAGACGACCUACAUACAGCACACAAAACUAACCAUUGUUUCAAGCAGGGUAAAGCACAUCCUCGGAGAGGUCGCAUCGUAUUAUACUAAAUUGUUCGAGUUUCUUAUUCAAAACAAAAACUUAUCUUUAUUUCUCUACACACACAUACAAAUAUACACUCAACACACAUACACACACACAAUACACAUACAUAUAUAGAUCCGUAAUGGAACUCAAGUCUUUAACGAGUAUCGUAACAAGUAUUGCUAAUUAAUGAUUUUGAUAUCUAUGUAUAUAUAUAUGUAUAUACAUUAGAGAGAGAAGCGUAUAAUUGAACUUAAUGCGCAUUUCAAAUUUUUA